AUGCUUCCCACACCCGCACGUCAAGGUCUAUCGCUGCUGGUGGGCGUAAAGAGAUGCGUGGAUUAUGCGGUCAAGAUUCGGAUCAGACCGGAUGGAAAGGGUGUGGAUACGGAUGUAAAGAACAGCAUGAACCCUUUCGACGAGAUUGCGGUGGAGGAAGCCGUCAGGUUGCGCGAAAAGCACAAAAAGGAGAUUACCAGGAUUGUGAGUUGUGUUUUGGGGAGGGGGGGAAUGUAUGGGGAGGCUUGCAAAGUGCUGUGCUGAUGGACUCGUGCCGAUUUCGCUCGCUGUCUUGCUCGCUCACACACGCGCAUCGCAACAAGGCCGCCGUAUCCAUCGGACCUGCCAAGGCUGCCGACGUUUUGCGUCAGGCACUGGCCAUGGGCGCCGAUGAUGCCAUCCACGUCGAGGUGGGCAAAGAUGCAGUGUUGGAGCCUUUGGCAGUCUCCAAGAUUCUAGCUGCGGUGACGGCGAAAGAGAUGGAGAAGAAUGCAGAUGAAAAGGAAGCUUGGGCUUGGCACUUGGGCAAGCAAGCCAUCGACGAUGAUGCGAGUCAGACGGGACAGAUGUUGGCUGCAAAGUUGAAUUGGCCUCAAGCUACUUUUGCUAGCAAGUUGCACUUCAAGGGCAAAUUCGCAAAGGGUGAAAAGGUAGAGGUGACCAGAGAAGUCGAUGGCGGUUUGGCAACUGUAGAGACCACGCUGCCCUUUGUCCUCACCACCGAUCUCAGACUCAACGGUCAGUUUCCAUCCUGCUCGCUUUUGCGCGCCCCUUUGACCCAUCCUUUGUACAUUUGCCCCCCCCGCAGAACCUCGAUACGCUUCGCUGCCCAACAUCAUGAAGGCCAAGAAGAAGCCCUUUCAAAAGUUGACGUUGAAGGAUCUGGGUUUGGAAGAGGAUGCAAAGCCUAGAUUGGAGACGUUGGAGGUCAAGGAACCUCCAAAGAGGCAGGGAGGCGCAAAGGUGGGAAGUGUGGAUGAGCUGGUCAGCAAGUUGCAAGAGGCUGGAAGAAUCUGA